AUGAAGUUCAUUCAUAGGAAAACUCACCAAGACAGAGCCCACAUCCUUCCGAAGAGGUAUCUCCAAUGGGUCGUUUGGCUCUCACUUUCCCUCUGCAUAUUCUUCCUCUCCACCUUUUCCACGGCGCCGCACUUCCGCCGCCCUCACCAGCACAGCUUCCUCCGCAAGCACACCUCCCUCGCCUCCCGAGCCCUAAUCGCCGCCGGCGACUCUGAGCUCCCCGGCGGCGCCGCCUUGCCGGACUCUCUGUCCCUCCGCAUCUACAUCUACGACCUCCCCUCCAGCUACAACAGAGACUGGCUGGCCAAUCCUCGCUGCGCCACCCACCUCUUCGCCGCCGAGGUCGCCCUGCACGAGACCCUACUCGGCAGCCCCGUGCGAACGCUCGAUCCUCAUGCCGCCAACUUCUUCUUCGUCCCCGUUUACGUCUCCUGCAAUUUCAGCACCGCCAACGGCUUCCCCGCGCUGGGCCACGCCCGGAGCCUCCUCUCCUCCGCCGUGGACUUCAUCUCCUCCCGCCACCCCUUCUGGGGGCUCCGCGGCGGUGCCGAUCACGUCUUCGUCGCCUCCCACGACUACGGGGCCUGCUUCCACGCCAUGGUUAGUCCAACCCCCAAGUAGGAGCCUUUCCCUUCCCAAAAUUCUCGCCUAUUCAUUCAUUCAUUCAACUCCAGGAGGAUGUGGCGGUGGCGGAGGGGAUACCGGAGUUCCUACGGCGGUCCAUCAUCCUCCAGACCUUCGGGGUUGACCGGCCUCACGCGUGCCAGGACGUGGAGCACGUACUGAUCCCCCCGUACGUGCCCCCGGAGCUGCUGCAGAGACCAGCGCCGCCGUCGGUAGCGACGCCGCCGGUGCGCGACAUCUGGGUGUACUUCCGCGGGAAGAUGGAGGUCCACCCCAAGAACAUCAGCGGCCGGAUCUACGGCAAGUAAGGAAGAGGGUCAAGUCAACUCAUGGCGGGCCGUUGCUUCUAUCUCUUGUUGACCACCUUCUUCCGUUGCUUCUCUCUUCCUCCAGCGGGGUGAGGACGGAGAUCUGGCGGCGCUACGGCGGCGACCGGCGGUUCUUCCUGAAGAGGAAGCGGCACGACGGGUUCCGGUCGGAGAUGGCGCGGUCGGUCUUCUGCCUUUGCCCCCGGGGAUGGGCCCCGUGGAGCCCACGGCUAGUGGAGUCUGUGGCUGUCGGAUGCGUUCCCGUCGUCAUCGCCGACGGCAUCCGGCUCCCCUUCUCCAAUGCUGUCCGAUGGGACGAUAUCUCCCUCCGCGUGCCCGAGAGGGAGGUGACCAGACUCGAGCCCAUCCUGCGCCACGUGGCUGCCACGAAUCUCUCCGCCAUCCAGCGCAACCUGUGGGACCCCGCCAACAGGGAGGCCCUCCUCUUCAACCGUGGGAUGAAGCCCGGAGACGCGACGUGGCACGUUCUGAAGGCGCUAUCGGCCAAGAUCCAUCGGCGAUGA